UUUGGCAAACCCAGUCUAUAACAACACUCCACAGCAAUGACACAAUUUCUUGCCAAUAUGGCAAUGCUUUUGAUUUUUUCCUUUUAGUAUUUGUUAAAACUUAGAAGGAAGACCAAUAUUAGCUUAUUCACAGAAUAAUCUUUUCUAACACUCUUACUAGUUUUUACGAAAUUGUAACAAACAAGGCUAAGCUUUUAUUAAAGAAAAGAAAUAUCUUUAUCAUAAAUGAAAUGAGUAAAAGAAACUCGAAAUAAUUGAAAAUUGGGAAGGUAUUUAAUUACGUAAUAAAUUGGGAACUAAUUACGAUGAUAAUGUUAAACAUCUGUUAAACACUCCACUCCCAACAUCAAAGAAGCUCUAGCCAUGGCUGUAAACUUGAGGAAUCACAGCUUAUUAAUCACUUUCUUGUUCCUUUUUCAUUUCUUGCCUUGGCGGCAGAUACAUGGGUUAAAAUCACCACUUAAUCCAAAGGAUAUUCUGCCUUUUUUACCAAGGCAGGUCUCAUGGCCUAUCCUCAACUCCCUUCACAGUGCUGUGGACUUAUUGCCUGCUUUUGUUGGGGCUGCUUCAAUCGCAGAAAACAAUACACUAGAGUGGAAAGGUGCUUGCUUUUACAAGAAUACUGCUUGGUUAGAGCUUCAUAAUAAGUCUCAAAGUCAAUUUGGUGGAGGCACUCUUCAUAUCAAGGUCAGCAAUGCACACAGUUGGACAUGUAUGGACCUUUACAUCUUUGCAACCCCAUAUCGUGUAACAUGGGAUUACUACUUUUUGUCUCGUGAACAUACCUUUGAAAUCAAAGAGUGGAAGUCUGAAGCUGAGUUAGAAUAUGCCAAAUAUAAAGGGAUCUCAAUUUUCCUAUUGCAAGCAGGAAUGUUAGGAACCCUUUCAGCACUAUGGGAUUUUCUCCCUUUGUUCACGAAUACUGGAUGGGGUGAGAACUCAAAUAUUGGGUUUCUAAAGAAACAUAUGGGUGCUUCAUUUGAAGUACGUCCACAGCCGUGGGUCACAAACCUUACUACUGAUGACAUUCAUUCUGGAGAUUUUCUUGCAAUAUCAAAGAUUAAAGGUACCUGGGGUGGUUUUGAGACUAUGGAGAAAUGGGCAACAGGAGCCUAUGCUGGCCAUACCGCUGUUUGCUUGAGAGAUGCUGAAGGGAAACUAUGGGUUGGCGAAUCUGGACAUGACAAUGAUCAGGGAGAAGAUGUGAUUGCUAUACUACCAUGGGAUGAAUGGUGGGAAUUUGAGCUGACAAAAGACAAUACCAAUCCACAUAUUGCAUUGCUCCCUUUGCACCCUGACCUCCGGGCCAAGUUUAAUGAAACUGCUGCUUGGGAAUAUGCAAAAAGCAUGGCAGGAAAACCUUAUGGUUACCAUAACUUAAUAUUUAGCUGGAUAGACACAAUUGAUGGAAAUUAUCCUUCGCCCUUGGAUGCUCAUCUGGUUGCUUCUGUCAUGACUGUUUUUAACCAACUAAAGCCUGCAUAUGCUUCUAACUUGUGGAAUGAAGCCUUAAACAAACGACUUGGAACUCAGCAAAUGCUGAUGCAGAACCUUAGUCUUCCCAAUAUACUUGUUGAAGUUGAAAAGCGUGGAUCCUCUUUUGCCGAAUUGUUGACUAUUCCAGAGCAGGAUGAUUGGGAUUAUAGUGAUGGAAAGUCAGCAUCAUGUGUUGCUUAUAUUCUUGAAAUGUAUAAGGAAGGAGGACUAUUUGGUGAACUUGCAAGCUCAAUUCAGGUUACGGAGUUCACGAUAAAAGAUGCUUAUACUCUCAAGUUUUUUGAAAACAAUUCAAGCCGGUUGCCAAAGUGGUGCAAUGCCGAUGACAGUGUGAAGCUUCCUUUCUGUCAAAUUCGUGGAAAGUAUCGAAUGGAAUUACCCGGAUACAAUACUAUGGAUCCAUACCCCCGUAUGAACGAAAGAUGUCCAUCUAUGCCUCCGAAAUAUUACAGACCUCAAGGUUGUUGACAAGAUUUUCCAUUAGAAGUCAGUAUUGUUGAAGACAUAACCAAGUAAAUACAAGUGUGCUAUCUCUAACAGUUUAAGCUUUUAGAUGAGAUGGUCACACACUUCAACAAGAAUGUCGCAUAGUAUAAUUGCCUAGGAUGUACAACGUUGCUGUUAGCCCUAGAUGUUGCUCUUAUUUAAGAGUGUACAAAUAUUUUUACUUUUCAAUGUUGCACAGCCAGAAUGUUAGCUUGUCAAUUUCCUUGUUUUUAUGUAGUUUUAUACUGGGACGAGGUCGCGAAAAUCAAUCCCAAAGAACUUGUACAUCCAAAAAAACGUAGGUAUUUGAGGUGGGAUAUUAAUUGUUCACUAUGCCUUCAAAACUCUA